CGAGCUUUUGCCAUUUUCAAGUGUCAAUGGGUUGACAUUCGUCGAGGGGUGCAACGUGAUGACACUGGAGUCACAUUAGUAGAUUUUAACCGAUCAGGACAUCGUGAUGAUCCGUUCAUACUUGCAUCACAAGCUGAACAAGUGUUUUAUGUAGAAGAUCCUUCAAAUAAACGAUGGUCAAUUUGUUUACCUGGCAAGAAAAAGAUUACAUGUAAUUUUGAGGAUGAGGAAGAUGAUUAUGUUGAGGAAAUGCCCUCAUUAUCCAUCGGGAUGUGUGAAAGAAACAUAACAAAUGAUCACAAUGAGGAUGAUCUUCCAUUCAUUGCACAUCAUAAUGAUGGUAUUGAAGUGUUUACGGAAAAAGCUAAGUGAGGAAUUGUUCACACUAUGAGCGACGAUGAUGGGGACGAUCAUGAUCAUAAUCAUGAUCGUCAUGGCGGCGGCGGCGGCUGUCAAAGAGACAUCGAGGGGAAAAAAAUAAUUGAACUUGCUGAUAAUGAUGCUGUCAUCGGAGGGUGGGCUGAAGAGUUUAAAUCAUUCAUGGGGAAGAUGGUACGUUCUCGAGUGAGUAUAAACACUGAUAGUUGGAAGAAAGUUUCAAAGAAAACUAAAGAUCAAAUAUUUAAAGAGAUACAGCAUGACUAUGCUGUGGAUGAUAUGAUGAAGAAACCAAUUUUGAAAAGGUUGGGCAAAAUGCACAAAGAUUGGAGAAAUCGGUUGCGAUCAGGUUUCAUACAUAUGACUCGUCAACUAGGGAAGGAUUGUGGGGAAGCUUAUGAGAAGUACAAAGACCAAUUUACCAAGGAAGAAUGGGAUGAGUUCGUGACGAAGACUAUGACUCCGGAGUUUGUGGCUUUGAGCGAGAAGAAUAGAUUAGCUGCUCUUAAGAAUAUCUAUCCUCACCACAUGGGUCGAUCAGGAUAUGUUCUUUCCAUACCAAAAUGGAAAGAGCAAGGAUUAUUGGAUAAGUUUGUUACCAGUUCAGAUGUAGAUUCAACGAACUCUAGCACAGUCAUUACUGAUGAUAUUCCAAGACAUGUCACUUGGUUUUGUGCAAGAUCUGGAUUAACAGCGGAUGGUCAGUUAGUUUUUCCUGGUAAUACUGAGGGCAUGCUUGAGAAAAAAGAGAAGUUGGAUAAAGUUAAAGAAGAUUUAGCAGCUGGCACUUGGAAGCCAACCGGACGAAAUGAUAUAUUGGCUGAGGUUGUUGGGAAGCCAGAUUAUCCCGGACGUGCACGUGGCGUCGGUGGGGGUGUCGGUUAUACACAUGUCUUUGAUCGUGAGCCCAGGAGCAGACCUAAGGUUGGUAAUUUGAGUGAUGCUCAGCUAAAACAAUUGCAAGAGCUCUUGAUGAAAGAUAUGCAAAAUCACUUUGUUUCAAAAGGUGAAGUUCCUACCGGGGAUUCGAUGCCCGCUUCCGAGGCGGCCCAGGCGGACACCAUGAACUCUGUUGCACCUCUUCGUAAAAGAUCUUUCAUUGAUGGUGUAUCAUGUAAGCUUGCAAUUGAGUCGCACAUUCAUUCUGGUGAUAAGAGUUUUGACUUUGUGGCAGUUGGUGUAGCCUACAACACGUCUGUUGGGGCGGUAAUCCAUAAUGUACCGAUGUGUAAAACCCCAUCAAAGUGAACAUAUCUAUGGCAUAUCAAGGUUUUGAAGAUUGUCCAUUGCCAUAUCCUAAUGAAGCCGCUGAUAUCUUUGUUGUAGCAGAUGCUGUAGGUUCAUAUGUCCAGUGGCCAUCUCAUUUAGUGUUUUUUGAGGAAGAGGAACCACCUUCUAAGUAAAAAAAAAGGAAUGAGGCUAAGCAAAAAGUACCCUUUAUCUUUAGAGAUUCACCUAAAGUAACGGUUGAACCCAGCUCACAUUCAUUGGUCAGUGAAACUGUUCUUCAUUCACUUAGUGGUGAUCUUUUAAGAUUGCAUGAUAAUCUUGAGUGGUAUGAGCCUGAUCUUUGCAAGUUUAGUGUUCCUCUUCCUGCGGAGUUGUUCUAUUAUAUUGAUGAUAGCCAAUUUGGGAUCGUUGUUGACCGUCAAGACUUGAGUCAAUUUCUUGAGAGUGAUUCUAUUGAUAUGUCAAUCAUUCAGACCUUUAUGAUUUGCCUAAAUGCAAAAUUGGUUGACUUUGGUCGUGAUGACGUGGGUCUUUUGUGUCCUUUGAUUUGUUCUUUGAAAUAUUAUGAAUUGCAUAAAAAAGGCACACAGACUUAUUUGAAGCAUGCUCUGGUUCAAAUGUUUGAAAAGAAUCUCAUUCUCUUGGCAUAUAAUGAAGGGUAUCAUUGGAUUUUAUUUGUAAUUUGUCCAAAGGUUGAUAAGGGCUAUAUCUUCAAUUCAUUGCCAAGUUCAUCCAAUUUUGCUAUUCAAGAUGAUCUUACGAUGAUGUAUAGAGUUGCUUCUACACAAAAAGGACGUGGCAAGUCAAUCAAAUGGCAUAAUGUCAAGUGUGCAAGACAAACGGGCAAUACAGAAUGUGGGUAUUAUGUCAUGAAGUUUAUGUGGGAAGUAAUAACAUAUGUUGGAAGUGCAGAUAUUGGACAGGUUUGGAAUUCAAGAAGUGAACCAUAUACGACGGAGGAGUUUAAUGAUAUCAGAAAUGCGUGGGCUAGGUUUUUCGUAGACGAAGUUAUGAAUAUGUAGGGGAAUUUUGAGCAUGUAUCAAACUUGAAUGUAAUUUAUUUCUAUUAUGAUACAAAUCUAAUUUGUACUACUUUUGUAGUUUAGUUUGUGUGAAACGAUCUAUCGAUAUCAUGUUAUCCUGGAUUUAUGAAUGAAUGUGUAGUUUUGGCUGGUG